AUGGAUAAGCUAAUAUCAUGCAACAAGAUCAAAUUGACUGUUGUUUUGGUGGGAGGUUUAUGCUCUCUAGCAUUAUAUCAUAUGAAAAAGAAAAUAAAAUUUUCUCAAUUUCUAUUUUCGAAAAAAUGGUUUAGCGAAUUUUCAUUGAUGUGGCCAGGACAAGCAUUUAGUCUGGAAAUAAAAAAAAUUAUUCACCAAGCCAGAUCGAAAUACCAAAAUAUAUUAGUCUUUGAAAGUACCACUUUUGGGAAUGUAUUAGUGUUGGAUGGUGUAAUCCAAUUAACAGAAAAAGACGAGUUCGCUUAUCACGAAAUGAUGGCACAUAUACCAAUGACAAUUGCAAAAGAGCCCAAGAAUAUUUUAGUUGUAGGAGGAGGUGAUGGAGGAGUAAUAAGAGAAUUAUGUAAAUAUAAAACUGUUGAAAAUAUAGACAUUUGUGAAAUAGAUGAAAUGGUUAUAGAUGUAUGUAAAAUGUUUUUUAAAAAUAUUAGUUGUGGUUUUGAAGAUAAAAGAGUAAAUGUGUUUAUUGAAGAUGCUAGUAAAUUUUUAGAAAAUGUAACGAACACAUAUGAUAUUAUAAUAGUAGAUAGUUCAGACCCCAUCGGGCCUGCGGAAUCUUUAUUCAACCAAGAUUUUUAUGAAAAAGUAUACCAUGCACUGAAACCCAUUGGUUAUUGUGUUGCGCAGUGCGAAUCUUUUUGGAUACACGUAGGAACAAUAAAAAGUAUGAUGGGAUACGCGAAAAAAUUAUUUAAAAAGGUAGAAUAUGCAAAUGUUUGUAUUCCAACCUAUCCGUGUGGAUGUAUAGGCUUACUGUGCUGCUCCAAAUCAGACACAGGUAUGUCAAAACCAAUCAAAAAAUUAGAAACAAAGGAAUUUUUAGAUUUGAAAUAUUAUAGUUAUAAAAAUCAUAGCGCAUCAUUUAGGUUACCAUCAUUUGUUUUAAAGGAGAUUGAAAAUGUCUAA